UGUUUUUGUUUCUUCGCUCAUUACUUCAGUGAGCAGCGAGCGUAGCGUAUAGAGGAGGGAUAGUUCUCAGCGCGCUGUGCCAAUACUACGUUUUAUGUGUAUUUUAAACUGUUUUAAAGUAACGACUCGUAGAACACACGUAGAACUUUCUGAAAUGCUGUAAUUUCACGACACACGUGGGGUUUUCUUUCUUAUUUGAGUGAGAGACAUUUCCAACGAAUCUUUUUGAGAACUCACCUCCCGGGAGACAGCUCAACUUUGGGCUGGCGACCUUAUGUGGAUUUUACUAAAAAUAUGGAGCGGAUCCCUGGUCUCUCUUCGGCCAAGUCACUAAUAUUCGUCUUCUGCUUUAUCCACCUCUCCUUGGCUCUGCAGUGUAUGGAUGAUAAGGCACCGUGUGUGAACAAUGCUACGUGUCUGGCCUUUGCUAAUGGCACUGAAUACUGCAGGUGUGCAACAGGCUUCCUGGGUGAGUACUGCCACCACAAAGACCCUUGUCAACCUGGCUUCUGCCUGAAUGGGGGGAACUGCUCAGUGUCCAUGUCAGCUGGUGUACCUGUACCAGACAGCGCCACCUGCACCUGUCCUCUUGGCUUCACUGGACAGCACUGCCAAACGCCCCAGAACUCUGCAUGUUACCCCAACAACCCCUGUGCCAACCAAGGUGACUGCAUCCUGUUGUCCCUCGACAAGUACAGGUGCGAGUGUCAGAGAGGAUGGACAGGGCCACGUUGUGAGCAUGAAGACAGCUGUCUAUCAAGUCCCUGUGGCAACGGUGGAAAGUGUACCUCUCUGUCUGGAAAUGGACAGAUAGAGAGGUACACGUGUUCUUGUCCUCCUGGAUACACAGGUCCUCGCUGCCUUAAUGACACAAAUGAAUGUGCUGCCACGCCCUUUAUAUGCCAGAAUGAAGGACAAUGCAUCAACACCCCUGGCUCCUACAAGUGUGUCUGUGCCUUGGGGUUUACCGGUCGACAUUGUGAAAGCUCAUACAUCCCUUGCUCACCUUCCCCGUGCCUAAAUGGAGGCACCUGCCACCAGAGCUCUGAAAGCAGCUACUCAUGCCACUGCCUUCCAGGUUUUAACGGGACUAACUGUGAAAACAAUAUUGAUGACUGUCCGGGUCAUCAGUGUGCCAAUGGAGGAACGUGUAUGGAUGGAGUCAACACCUACAACUGUCAGUGUCCUCCAGAGUGGACGGGUCAACACUGUACAGAGGAUGUGGACGAGUGUCAUCUGCAGCCAAACACUUGCCAGAAUGGAGGUACUUGCAGCAACCUGAUGGGCAGCUACGUCUGUGUGUGUGUUAAUGGCUGGAGUGGACACGACUGCUCUGAAAACAUUGAUGACUGUGCUACAGCUGCGUGCAGCGCAGGCUCCACAUGCAUCGACCGUGUUGCCUCUUUUCUCUGUAUCUGCCCUCAUGGAAAGACAGGUUUGCUUUGCCAUCUAGAGGAUGCCUGUAUCAGUAGCCCCUGUAGAACGGGCUCUCAUUGUAACACCAACCCCAUUAGUGGCAUGUUCAACUGUAACUGUCCACCUGGAUAUGAAGGCAGUACCUGCAACGACGACAGAAACGAAUGCAUCAUUGGUGCCAACCCUUGCGAGCAUGGUGGUCAGUGCGUCAACACUGAUGGCUCCUUCACCUGUCACUGUCUUACGGGAUACGCUGGGCCGCGCUGUGAGCAAGAUGUAAACGAGUGCGCCUCGAACCCCUGCCAAAACGAUGGCACUUGUCUGGAUCGUAUUGGGGAGUACACCUGUAUCUGCAUGCCUGGAUUUGAGGGAACUCACUGUGAAAUAGAAGUGAAUGAGUGUAUCAGCUCCCCCUGUCUGAACCGGGGUAGAUGUGUCGACCAGGUCAGCCGCUUUGUCUGUGAAUGUCCAGCAGGCUUCAGUGGUGACAUGUGCCAGAUAGACAUUGAUGAGUGUUCCAGCACACCCUGUUUAAAUGGGGCCAAGUGUUUUGAUCGACCCAACGGAUAUGACUGUGAAUGUGCUGAAGGCUACACUGGUCAACUUUGUGAGGAGAACAUCAAUGAUUGCAUACCAGACCCAUGCCACCAUGGUGUUUGUAAAGAUGAUAUCGCCAGGUUCACCUGUGAGUGCGAGCCUGGAUACACAGGCCAAAUCUGUAACACUCAGAUCCAAGAGUGCAACAGCAACCCUUGUCAGAACGGAGGACGCUGCAUUGACCGUGUCAGUGCCUACCAGUGUAACUGCCUAUCAGGAACUUCUGGGUUAAACUGUGAGAUCAAUGAAGAUGAUUGUGCUAACAAUCCCUGUGAACACGGAAAGUGCCAGGAUGGCAUUAAUGAAUACAAAUGUGUGUGCUACCCUGGAUAUACAGGACUUAAAUGCAACGUAGAGAUCAAUGAAUGUAACUCAAAUCCAUGUAUGAGUGGUGGAACGUGCUUGGACAAGAUCAACGGGUUCCUGUGCCUGUGCCCGCCGAAUACCCACCCUCCCCUGUGUCUCUCUGGAACCGACCACUGUGCUCUGCAGCCGUGUGUACAUGGAGAAUGUAUUGAGGAGCAUCAUGGGUACCGCUGUGAGUGUAAAGCUGGCUGGGUGGGAGUGCACUGUGAGCAGGAAAAAAAUGAGUGCCAGUCCAGUCCGUGCCAAAAUGGUGGCACCUGUCUGGACCGACAUAAUGUCUACACAUGCUUAUGCCAGCCUGGCUUCAAUGGUGUGAACUGUGAGAAGAACAUAGAUGAAUGUGCAUCCAGGCCCUGUCAGAAUUAUGGCCGUUGUAUAGACGGUGUCAACAGUUACACCUGCCAAUGUAGUCCACCAUUCACAGGUAAACACUGUGAAGUGGAACUGGCUCCCUGUGCCUCUCAUCCUUGUCAGAGGGGAGGAGUGUGUCAUCCAACUGAAGACUACACCUCUUACUUCUGUUAUUGUCCUGCUGGUUGGCAAGGUCAGAGCUGCAGUGAGGAUGUAGAUGAAUGCAAAAAGAACCCUUGCAAAAAUGGCGGUCACUGCUUUAAUAACCCAGGCAGCUAUACGUGUAAAUGUCAAUCUGGAUACAGCGGACACAACUGUCAGACAGACAUUGACGACUGUUCACCCAUCCCAUGCCUGAAUGGAGGCUCUUGUGUGGACAAUGUUGGGGGUUUCUCCUGUGAUUGCCGCCUGGGUUUUGAAGGGGAGCGUUGUGAGACUGAGGUGGAUGAGUGCGCCAGCCAGCCCUGCAGGAACGGUGCCAUUUGCUGGGACUAUGUCAACAGCUUUGUGUGCGAGUGUAAACCGGGCUUUGAGGGAAUCCUGUGUGAACGCAACAUCAAUGAUUGUACUGAGAGCUCCUGUCUGAAUAAUGGGACUUGCAUUGAUGGCAAUGACUCUUUCUUUUGCCGUUGCCGUCCUGGUUUUUACGGGGAAUUCUGCGAGAACGAGAGGAAUGAGUGUGACUCUCAGCCUUGUAAGAAUGGUGGAAUAUGCACUGACGGCCUGGGAACCUACCGCUGCACCUGCCCCAUGGGAUACAAUGGACACAACUGCCAGAGCCCUGUGAACCUGUGUAACCAGGUGCGCUGUCACAACUGCUCUCAAACAGGAACCUCAUGGACCUGCCGCUGUCUAAUGGGAUGGACGGGACUUUACUGUGAUGUCCCCAACAUGUCUUGCCAGGACUUUGCUGCCCGGAAUGGUAUGGUAGUGGAGAGUGUGUGUAAGAAUGCUGGGCGGUGUGAAAAUGUGGGCAAGUCCCACCAGUGUCGGUGCCAGACAGGCUACACGGGUAGCUACUGUGAAGAGAUGAUUGAUGAGUGCCGGUCAAACCCUUGUCGCAACGGAGCUACAUGCAAGGACUACCAGGGCACAUAUGAGUGCAUAUGUAAACCAGGUUACCAGGGGGUGAACUGUGAGUAUGAUGUAGAUGAAUGCCAGUCUAAGCCCUGUCUCAACAGAGGAACCUGUAUUAACCUCAUCAACCGCUUCAUAUGUGUCUGCCCACGUGGAACACAUGGGCUCCAGUGUGAAGUGAACGAUGAUGACUGUGCUCCCACGCCCGGCUCCUGGGAACCCCGCUGUCGGAACGGAGGACAGUGUGUGGAUGGUGUGGGCCAUUACACAUGCUCCUGCCUGCCAGGAUUCACUGGAGAACACUGUGAGGGCGAUCUUAAUGAAUGCCACUCUGGGCCCUGCCACACUCCCGGUAGCCUCGACUGUGUGCAGCUGGUCAACGAUUACCAGUGCCGCUGUCGCCUUGGAUACACAGGUCGUCAUUGUGAGGCCAUGGUGGAUCUGUGUCUGUCUAAACCGUGCCGUAAUGGUGGCAUCUGCUCUAUGAACAUGAGCUCAGUACAUGGCUACACCUGUUCCUGUGUUUUUGGCUUUACUGGGCCAAAUUGUAAUGAAAUAGACAACAGAUGUGCAGAGCUACGUUGCCAGAAUGGUGGGCACUGUGAACAGUCACGAGAUGGCCGCCUGUACUGCAAGUGUCGACCAGGCUUUACUGGGAAACGCUGUGAGAAUGAACAGGGGUGUCCACAGACCUGCCAAAAUGGAGGAACCUGCGUUAGAGAUUCAUCCAACCAUUAUACUUGCAGCUGUUCCAUGAACUUUUCCGGACGUUACUGUGAGAACAACCUAACUGUACUACACUCUCCACACUGCCCCUAUGUGCAGUGUGAGCGCAAUUCAGGGGAUGGAGUGUGUGAUGUUCAGUGCAACAACUAUGAAUGCCAGUGGGAUGGUGGAGACUGCUCACUCAACCGGCAGAAGCCUUGGAUUAACUGCACUGCUAGCAUCCCCUGCUGGGAUUUCUUUAAGAAUGGACGUUGUGAUAAGGAGUGUGACAACCCUGGGUGCCUCUUUGACAGCUUUGAAUGCCAGGAGGCCCUACCGACCCCCUGCAAGUACGACAGAUACUGCGCAGACCACUACGGGAACGACAUUUGUGACCAGAGCUGCUCCACGGAGGCCUGUGGCUGGGACGGUCUGGACUGUUCUACUGACACUCCACCCAAACUGGCCGAUGGCACACUGGUUAUUGUGGUCCGGCUGCAACCUGAAGAACUGCUUGGAGACAUAAGGGGUUUCUUGCGCUCCCUGGGAGCCCUACUGCGCACCAACCUGCGGGUGAAGCUAGAUAGAAAUAAGGAACCAAUGGUGUAUGCUUACCAUAGAGAGGAUGAGGAGAAAGACCAACCUGUAAAGAGGAGCAGAAGCAAGCGGGAGCUGGAGAGGGAGGUUAUUGGCUCUAAGGUGUACCUCGAAAUCGAUAACCGUGAAUGUUGCCAGAGUUCUGUCAACUGUUUCUCUAGUGCUGAUGAGGCUGCGUCCUUUAUCGCAGCAGAACACAUCAAGGGUGAACUGCCUUACCCUCUAGUGUCUGUUAACAGUAAACCGACUGGGCCAAAUGAACCAAACCCUUGGAUAUUCUUGAUUGCAGUGGCAGUGGGCAUUAUUCUGCUUAUUCUGGUGAUUGGGAUGCUAGCAGCCAAGAGAAAGCAUAAACAUGGUGUCCUGUGGCUGCCUGAUGGCUUCUUGGCUAAUAAAAAUGACAAGAGGAGAGAGCCUGUUGGACAGGAUGACUUUGACAUGAAAAAUUUUAAGACCCAGAAUGGAACCAUGAUUGAUGGACUUCAGAAUCAGCAAUGGCUGGAAGAUGAAGCCUCAUGCAAGAAAUCAAGAACUGAGGACAAACCUUUGUUGCCCAUGGCUAUGGAUGGAAGUGUUGACCGAAGGGAAUGGACCCUGCAGCACCACAAGGCUGCUGACAUAACACUCACUCCCCCGCAGGCUGACCUGGAUGGUGACUGUCUGGAUGUUAAUGUUAAGGGACCUGAUGGUUUCACUCCAUUGAUGCUGGCAUCGCUGCGUAACUGUGGAGGCCCGGACUGCAGCCUGCAUGGAGAAGAGGAGGAGGAAAGUGGAGGAGAUGAACCAGGACCAAGCAUCAUCUCAGACCUGAUCAAUCAGGGUGCUUCACUGAUUGCCCAGACUGACCGCACAGGAGAAACAGCACUCCACCUGGCUGCUCGCUAUGCCAGAGCUGAUGCUGCUAAGAGACUGCUGGAUGCUGGAGCUGAUCCCAAUGCACAUGACAACAUGGGCAGAACUCCUCUGCAUGCUGCUGUUGCGGCCGAUGCUCAGGGAGUCUUCCAGAUUCUCAUCCGUAAUCGUGCAACAGAGCUGGAUGCCCGGAUGAAUGACGGCACUACUCCUCUAAUCCUGGCAGCCAGACUAGCUGUGGAGGGCAUGGUGGAAGAGCUGAUCCACUGCCACGCGGACAUCAAUGCUGUAGACGAUCACGGCAAAUCCGCUCUGCACUGGGCAGCUGCAGUUAAUAAUGUGGAGGCCACUCUUGUGCUUUUGAAGAAUGGAGCCAAUCGUGACAUGCAAGACAAUAAGGAGGAGACCCCACUCUUCCUUGCAGCCAGGGAAGGCAGCUACGAGGCAGCUCAGGUUCUCCUAGAUCACUACUCCAACCGCGACAUCACCGAUCACCUGGAUCGGCUGCCCCGUGAUACCGCUCAAGAACGUAUGCAUCAUGAUAUAGUUCGCCUGCUGGACCAGUACAAUUUGGUUCACAGUCCACACAAUGGGCCCAACCACAUUGGUGGGGUAGGAAACUCCUCCAUUAUGUGUGGGGCCAACGGGGGCUUCAUCGGCAUGCGCUCCGGGCCACAGGGAAAGAAGAGCAGGAGGAGUGGAGGUGGGGCAAAGGUGGGAGGUGUUGGAGGGGGAGCUAAGGAGCUAAAGGACAUGAAGGCAAAGAGAAGAAAGAAGCCUGCUGGAGGUGAGGGGGCAGGUGUGAGUGCUGGAGUGGGAGGAGGUACAGGAGGAGGGGUCGCGAAUGGUGCCAAGGCAGCAGGAGCACUUCCAGAGAGCUCUGUCACCAUGUCACCUGUUGACUCUUUGGAGUCACCACACUCAUACACAGGUGAUGUGUCCGCCGCCAUUUCUACCACAGCAAACUCCCCUCCUCUCCUGAGCAGCCCCACCUCCAGACCAAUGCUGCCCCCUGUCAGCCACAUGCUGGGACAGCAACAGAGCUGGGUGGGCAUGAGCAAGCACGGCUACAGUGGCCACAUGUUUGGCCUCAUACCGCACCAGAUGGGGGGAUCUCACCCAGGUGUGGGCCAACACCACAGCCAGGGCCCCAUGCUCACUCCCAUGAAUGUCACCAUGAGCAGGGAGCAGCUUCCACCCAUCGUGACAUUCCAGAUGAUGGCACCUGGUGGAGGCCAGGCUAUGUUAAAGCAGCCACAGCAGCACACACAGUCCCAGGGGCAGAACCAGAGUCAGGGUCGCUCCCAGCAGGGACCAGGCCACCCCCACUGCACCCAAGCUAUGAUGUACCAGAUGCCUGAGCAGAUGAGCAUGACGCAUGGGCUCUCCCACCCCCUGCAUCACCCCCACACCGUCAGCCACGAAGGCCACGGGGUGCCCUCCUGUACACCCAUGCAGAGCCCUGUGGAUAAAUACCCGACACCCCCUUCCCAGCACAGUUAUACCACUGCCAACUCAGAAGGCACCACCCCAGGCCACUCUGCCCACCCACCCAGCGAGCACCCAUAUCUCACCCCGUCACCCGAAUCCCCAGACCCUUGGUCAUCCUCUUCACCACACUCUACUUCGGACUGGUCUGAUGUCACCACCAGCCCCACCCCUCUGGGGAACCCCCACCAUGCACUGCCAUCAUCACACCGCACACACCUCCCGGAGCAGGUGCAGCGGCAGCCACAGGCGCAGCAGAUGCAGCAAGCCUCUCAGCAGACACAGCUCGGAAACAUGCAGGUGUUUGCGUAGGCUGACCAGAGGACAGCAUAAACAGAUGGACUUUGUUGUUUUAUGUAGUAAAAUAACAACUCAAAGCAACUCACUCGAUGCUUUUCU